AUGGCUACCGUCGCAAACUCCAGCGCCGCCGUCAAGUUUGUCGGCUCCGACGCCGACGGCCUGCCCCUGAAGCGGAAACAGGUCCAGCAGGCCUGCCUGUCAUGUCGCAAGAAGAAGAAACGCUGUGUCCAUGCCAUCACGUCAUCUCCGCCAGAACCCAAAGCUGCCGACCCAGCCACGCAUGUCACAGACCCACCGCCGCUCGACUCCAGCCCCACGAGGGGCGGCGGUGCCGAAUCUGUCGCAUCACAGGCUGGAGACGCCGGCAGGCUGCUUGAGGAGGAUAUUUGCCAAGUCGCCGCGACGCAGCUCGUCGAGCUCUCGUCUCGGUUCGUCGGCGACCUCAACCCGGAAGGCAUCUUCAUCGAGGCCACAAAGGAGACCGCCCCGGGGCCCAACGAGAUUGGGAUAUGGCUCUCCACGCGCUCCGAGUCCGCCAAGGACAGCGUCCGCAGUCCCGAGCUCCCGCACCGGGGUCACCAGCGCCUCGGCUCUCACCAUCAGUACCGGUCACUGACCGACCGCCCCAGCGGCCUCCUUGCCGAGUAUGAACGUGCCAGGGCGCGCUAUCUUAGCGAGGAGUGUCUUGUCACAGUUCCGCCUCCCGCCGACUAUGCCGUGCUGCAUCAAAUAUACAUGGACAAGGUGCACCCCAUAUUCCCCGUCUUCACCGAUUCGGAUCUAGCAGGCGCCAAUCCAGACUCCGUGUACUGUGCUAUCCUCAAGCAGGUCAUCGCGCUGGUUGGCGGCCUGGACCCCAGCGCCCGUGGCCAUCUCCGUCUCGAACCCGGCGGCCCUCUGUUGAGACCACAGGACUUCCAUCAGCGCCUUUCCGAUGCAAUAUGUCCGGUUCUCGACGCCGACUGGAUCCAGAGCAAGGUGGACCAUAUUUCCAUCCUGACGACCAUGGCGCUCUUCUACCAGCCCUUUGAUGCCACGCAGCGAGAUCGCGCCCCCUCGCUCAACACACAGGCUGUCCACCAGCUUUUGAACCUCAGCGCCCACCUUGCCGGCUAUCAGUCCCAACGGCCAGGAGAAGAUAUCGACCGGGUGUUCUGCGCCGUGUGGGCCGUAGACCGGCUUUGCGCUUCCUUCUACGCCCGGCCCACUGUGAUCCACGAGCGAGACAUCGAACGAGAUCUGUCGGCCACGAUCGAGAAGCAGCCGCCUUGUUUUCGCCUGUUUCUUCGACUAAUCCAGACGCUGGACGGCAUAUUCCCGCUGUAUAGGCCACAUCAGCGUCUAGAGUAUACCGACAUUCCCAUUCUGGAGUCACUAAUAAUCGACACGGGCACGGCGAGGACGCCAACGAGGCUUCUCGCCACGCUCGAGACUCUUUAUCACGGCAUCUCGGUGCUCAGCUGUCGCCAACCGCGCAGCGCAUUCAACCGCCCCUUGGCAGACGAUGAAAGCCGGUUGCAUCUUCCCAGCGCCACCAUCAACCCCCGACGCUCCCUUUCAGCCGACCGUAUCAAGUGGAUAGUCGAGAACGAAGACCUGGGCCCUUUCCCCUUCGUCCCAUAUGCCGUCUCGCUGGCUCUUAGCGUCCAGUACAGGAAGAUGAGGUACAGCCGCACCGUCAUGUUUCGCAACCGUGCCAGGGGCAUGUUCCAGGAUAUCGUGGUGGAGCUGAGGAAAUUGGGCGACUUCUUCUUCAGCGCAAGGGUCAACGCCGGCCUAGGAGAGAGCAUCCUGCGGGAGAUGGAAAAGACGGCGACCUCUCUGUGCAGGGACGAGCUGGACCACAACGGCAACGCGUCAUCCGCUGCAGCGUCUAUCGCCAGAGGGGCCACCCCCACGGCGGGCGGGCCGCAGGGCAGCGGUGUCGUGUCUCGAGCAGGCCAUGCCGGGCCCGCAGCCACGAUCGCCUCUGCUGUCGCGACCAACGGCCCUUUUGCCGAUGUUCCGAUGGGCGGAACAGGUCCCACAGCCACUGUGGCGUUACAAGGCGGAGGGUACGGAAAUCACGGCAGCGCUGCUCCUGCCAAUCAUGACUCCGCGUCCGUGUUUGACAGCUUCGACGUGGACCUUGACCUGUUCGGCUAUUUCGAUCCGAACUUCAACCUUGGCGCGGUCGACACAGCUCUUGAAGCGAACUUGAAUAUCGGCUUCCCGCAGACCUGGACACGCGAGCCCUGGAAUUAUGCGGGCGUCUGA